AAAAACAAGAAUGGAUUCGGGACCAUGAAUACAAAUUCGGGAAAGAAUAUACUUUAACUGGUCAAAAUACUAGAACAUUUGAUAGUGGUUACAUACCAACAACCACCAAAAUAUUUGGUAGUGGUUACAUACCAACAACCACCAAAAUAUUUGAUAGUUUGAUUUUGAUAUUGACUGAAGAAGAAAAUGAAAUUACUCAAUACUCGGUUAGAGCAAAGUUAUAUUGCAUGGAUUGGGAGCAACAAUGGAAAGAAUGA